CUUUGGGAUCGGCUUUGGGAUCGGCCCCGCGAUUUAGGAUCGGGCCCGGGAUCAGCCCCGGCGUUUGGGAUCGGCCCCAGCCAUGACGCCGUACCGGCAGGAGCUGGAGAAGUACCGCGACAUCGACGAGGACAAAAUCCUGCGGGAGCUGUCCCCGGAGGAGCUGGCGCAGCUGGACGCGGAGCUGGCCGAGAUGGACCCCGAGAACGUCCUGCUGCCCGCGGGGCUGCGACAGCGCGACCAGACCCAGAAGAGCCCCACGGGACCCCUGGACCGGGACGCGCUCCUGCAGCACCUGGAGAGGCAGGCGCUGGAGGCCGAGGAGCGCCAGGACCUCGUGCCCUUCACCGGCGAGAAGAAAGGAAAGCCGUUUGUCCCCAAGGGCCCGGCGCCGGAGCUGCCGCAGGAGGAGCAGGUGACGCUGGAGCCGGAGCUGGAGGAGGCCCUGGCCAACGCCACCGACGCCGAGAUGUGCGACAUCGCUGCCAUCCUGGGCAUGUACACGCUGAUGAGCAACAAGCAGUACUACGAUGCCAUCUGCAGCGGGAACAUCUGCAACACCGAGGGCAUCCACAGCGUGGUGCAGCCGGACCGGUACCGGCCGGUGCCGGACGAGCCCCCGAACCCCACGGACGUGGCCGAGACGCUGCAGCGGCUGCAGGACAAUGACCCCGCGCUGCUGGACGUCAACCUCAACAACAUCAAGGACAUCCCAAUCCCCACGCUCGAGGCCAUCUGCGAGGCCAUCAAGACCAACACCCACGUGCGCAGCCUCAGCCUGGUGGCCACGCGCAGCAACGACCUCGUGGCCAACGCGGUGGCGGCGAUGCUGGAGCAGAACCAGAGCCUGCAGAGCCUCAACCUCGAGUCCAACUUCAUCACCAGCGCGGGGAUGCUGCGGGUCCUGGCGGCCAUCAGCCACUGCCGGACACUGACCGAGCUCCGCGUGGACAACCAGAGCCAGCGCCUCGGGGACUCGGUGGAGAUGGCCAUGGCGGCCAUGCUGGAGCAGUGCCCGGCCGUGCUGCGCUUCGGUUACACCUUCACCCUGCAGGGCCCCCGGGCGCGCGCGGCCGCCGCCCUCACCCGCAACAACGAGCUCCGUCGCCAACAGAAGAAAUCCUGAAAUUCCCCCUGGCCCCGGCCCGAGCUCAGGAGCCGCUGGGAAUAAAGCUGGGAAAACGC